AUGUGGCGCACUGGAUUGAAGAAAGGCAAGGGUCAUUGGAAAGAUGGCGGCUUCGCGAGAUCGGUCAAAAUUUACUUGUGGUGGAUCCACAAGGGAAUAUGCAAUGUGUCAUCCCUGCACCACCUAUGCUUCAUGUGGGUCCAAAUAAUAACUAUGUGCUCUUCCUUAGUCAGUCCCAGGCACUUCUGCAUUGUGUUGUGGAAGGACAUGAAGAAGAGGAUGUCCCACCUGAGUUGUCCCAUUGUUAUCGCAAGAAGUGGGACAGCUAAGGACUAUUGGCCUAGGUUCUUCAGGAAAAUGGGUCCUAAAGCACCAGCUGAACAAUCUAGGGGUGUUUGGGAAGAAGAGUUGUACAUUAAAGGCAUGGUUGACUACUAG